AUGCCAAAAAACUACCAGCAUAACUUGGCCUUGGCGUUUGCAGUAAAAGAGAUCAAUGAGAAUCUCAACAUCUUGCCCAACUUCACUUUGGGGCUUCAUGUCCUCAACAGUUACUAUACUGCAAGGAUGACCUAUAAAGCUACCCUGAGUUUACUUUCUGCAGAACAGAAGUUCAAACCCAACUUCAAGUGUGAUACAGAAAACAAAAUGAUAUCAAUAAUAGGAGGAUUGGACACUGACAUCUCUGCCAAUAUGGCUACCAUCCUGGCCAUCUACAAAAUGUCCCAACUGCACUACUUUCUAAGAAACACCAUAUUCAACAACAGUGCAGGAGACACUGUGUGUUUUGAUGGCAAUGGAGAAUUAAAAACUGGAUUUGAUGUUACCAACUGGGUCACUUUCUCAAAUGGGUCUUUCGUUAGAGUAAGAGUGGGAAGGCUAGAUCCUUGGGCUCCUGCAGGCAAAGAGCUUACCCUUUAUGAUGAUCAAAUUGUAUGGCACAGAACCUUUAAGCAGUUACAGCCCCGUUCAAUGUGCAAUGACCAUUGCCGUCCUGGCUACAGCAGGAAACGGAAGGAAGGAGAGAAAUUUUGCUGCUAUGAUUGUGAUCCUUGCCCAGAAGGAAUGAUCUCUGAGCAUAAAGACAUGGAUACCUGUGUUAAAUGUCCAGGGGAUCAGUAUGCUGACAAUCAACAAAAACAAUGCAUUCCCAAAGGUAUAAGUUUCCUGUCCUACCAAGAACUUUUAGGGAUCAUCUUGGCCAAAUUGGCGAUCUCUUUCACUCUGGUCACAGCUUGGGUGCUUGGAGUCUUCAUAAAACAUCAGGACACCCCCAUCGUCAAAGCCAACAACCGAACCCUCAGCUAUCUCCUCCUCAUCUCCCUCUUGCUUUGUUUCCUCUGCUCCUUCCUGUUCCUUGGACAGCCUGUAAAAAUGACCUGCCUUCUCCGACAAGUUACUUUUGGCACUGUGUUCUCUGUGGCCCUUUCCAGUGUGUUGGCCAAAACCAUCACUGUGGUUCUUGCAUUUAUGGCAAUCAAACCAGGAUCUGUAAUAAGAAAAUGGGUAGGGAAAGGAAUGGCAAAUUGGAUUAUCCUUUCCUGCUCCCUUAUUCAAGCGAGUAUCUGUACACUUUGGCUAAGUAGUUCCCCUCCAUUCCCAGACACAGACAUGCAUUCAGUGAAAGGGAAAAUUGUACUGGAAUGUAAUGAGGGCUCUGCUAUCAUGUUUUACUCUCUCCUGGGCUACAUGGGCUGCCUCGCCACUGUCAGUUUGUCUGUGGCUUUCUUUGCUAGGAAAUUGCCAGACACUUUCAAUGAAGCCAGAUUUAUCACUUUUAGCAUGUUGAUUUUUUGUAGUGUUUGGUUGUCCUUUGUUCCAACCUAUCUGAGUGCUAAGGGGAAAUACAUGGUGGCCGUGGAAAUCUUCUCCAUCUUAGCCUCCACUGCUGGCUUGCUGGGCUGCAUAUUUUUCCCAAAAUGCUACAUCAUUAUUCUGAGGCCUGAAAUGAACAACAGGGAGCAAUUAAGAAGGAAACAGAAUUAA